CGUGAUAGAAGCAGGAAGUUAACGGAAAAGGUCAUAUGGGAAACGACGACAGGAUCUCCUGAAAGAGAUGAGCUUACACAUGUCAAAAAUUGACAUUUAUCCCAAGGAUUUGAGCAGCACUAUCCGAAUACCCAGUAUUUGAUCUUAUGUGAAAUUAAAGCAAAGUGACAGCAGUUGUAACGAACACAAAGGUAAAUUGCAUUGAUAGCAAUUAGGGGGCCAGUUUGCAAAUAAAGAAGAAAAAAAGGAACUGAAGAUGUUUGAAAAUUUCAGAGAAAGGUUGCAGACGGCGCAUCAAGACUUUACGACUGGGUUUAAGACGCUGAGUGACAAAUCGAAGGAGGCCAAAAUAAAGAAGAAUCAGAGGAGGGAAGACAAUCUUCCACAUUUUUCAGCUGGAGUAGAACUACUGAGCCGGUAUGAGGACACUUGGGUGACUCUCCACAAAAAAACCAAAGAAUGUGCGAAAGCAGCAGAGGCAGCUGACGGGGAGGUGGUCAUGCUGUCCGCCCAUUGGGAGAGGAGACGGGCAGCACUGGUGGAGCUACAGGAACAGCUACAGCAGGUCCCUGCCUUCCUCACUGAUCUGGAGUCCAUGACAUCACGCAUUGCACACCUGGAGGGUGACUUUGAGGAGAUGGAGAGCCGUAUGCUGGUCCUGGAGGACCUGUGCAGCCAGUGUGAGCAGCAGCGCGUCAAACACUACCAGAUGCUGCAGCUGGAGAACUAUAAGAAGAAGAAGAGGAAAGAGCUGGAGUCCCUCAAAGCGGAGCUGGACGCUGAGCAUGCCCAGAAGGUUCUGGAGAUGGAGCACGCUCAACAGGCCAAGCUGAAGGAGAGGCAGAAGUUUUUUGAAGAGGCUUUCCAGCAGGACAUGGAGCAGUACCUCUCCACAGGCUACCUGCAAAUUGGGGAAAGGAGAGAGCCUAUAGGAAGCAUGUCAUCCAUGGAGGUGAAUGUUGACAUGCUGGAGCAGAUGGAUCUAAUGGACGUGUCAGACCAGGAGGCCCUGGACGUCUUCCUGAACUCCGGAGAGGACAACAGCGCAGCUUCACCAGUGACGGGUUCGGCUCAGGACUCGUCGCCCUCGGAGAUCACACUGCAGGUGCCCACGCAGGCAGAGCUGAGGCACAAGCUCUCCUCCCUCUCCUCCUCCUGCACCGACUCGGCCAGCCAGGAGAGCAGCCCGGAGACCAGCGAGGAGGCCAGCGAAUCCCCCGUGGUGCAGUCUGACGAGGAGGAGGUGCAGGCGGACACCACCCUGGCGGCUCUGCCCGAGACCGAGCCGCUCAAGAACUCUGACGACAGCGACUCGCAGGCCACAUAGAACAGCCUGCGGCCGAGGACUGUAUGAACUGGGCCCGCGGGCUGAGAGCAACAAGCGGCCGCCAUUUUGUCUUGCCCCCCCCACCCGGUUUUUCUUGUACCACUUUAGUUACUACUCUCGCCAAAUAAACUUUUUUUUUUUCCUCAACGUUUGCCAUUCUGUGUACGACAGCAAUCAUUCGGUGGUGUGUAAGUCUUUGAUAAACGUGUGUGACAAAUGCAUAUUCUCAUUCAAUGCAGUAUGGCUUUUAUGAUUCACUUGAAUGUGUGCCCGACUUGUUUGUACAGAAAAGUGAAUGCAAAAUCACAGCUGAGCUUGGAUCAAUUUUCACAACAAAAUACUGUGAAAUCAGUGUUAUUGAAUCUGUUCUCGAGAACAGUGCAGCCAGAAGAUUCAACUACAGUGUUCCUGGCUAUUUGAUCAAUGGACACGAUAGUCUAAGAGAUGUAGGCAUUAAUUUACUACUUUCCCAGAACAUACAAUAUAAAUGCACUGCUAUACUGCAGGUCCAAGGUGAACUUUGCUUGUGUUCCUUGCUGCAUCGGAUAUCCAUUCAAUAUAAUGGUAUUUACAUUUUUGUAGAUUUAUUUUGUAGAGUACUGGUACCAGUACUCAAUGUCAAAAAUGAAGCUUACUUUUUGUUUGCUGCACUUGUCAAUAAAGCACUAUCUGCUUUCAGA